GGACGAAUGACUCCUCCUCAAGUAAUUGCUCGGCGAUUAUCGGUCAUCUUCGUUGGCUUCCACCCCUACUCAAACCCCCCGAGAAAAGUAAAUACUGAGUAGUGAGUCUCAGGUGAUAUUGUUUAUUUUUUGUGACUGUGUGAGACGUGUUGCGGGUGGACGCGACAUGGAAGUGACAGUGGUAUUGAUUGUGAUUAUACUUGGAGUCGUGGGAGCCGGUAAUGUUGGGGAUGUGACAGCCAGGAGCAAGAGCAGAGGGAAGGGAUCGAUGUGGUGGGGCAUUGCCAAAGCAGGAGAACCCAACAAUCUUUCCCCCCUCAAUCCUGGCGUUCUCGUAAUGGACUCCUCCGUGCAUGGAACGUUACGGCAAAAACAGAGGAGGCUGGCCAGAGAUAAUCCUGGCCUGCUGGCGGCCAUAUCCAAAGGAGCCAAUAAUGCCAUACACGAGUGCCAACAUCAGUUCCGCAACCAACGAUGGAACUGCUCCACAAAGAAUUUCUUGCGAGGAAAGAAUCUCUUCGGAAAAAUUGUAGAUAGAGGUUGCAGAGAAACGGCCUUCCUCUACGCCAUCACUUCGGCGGCGGUGACUCACGCGAUCGCUCGCGCAUGCUCGGAGGGCACCAUCGACACGUGCAACUGCGAGCCGCACUACAAGGGCAGGCCGCAGGUGUUCGCGAACGGCAACAACGCUGGCGGCGUUGCCAACGCGCGGGACUUCGAGUGGGGCGGCUGCUCGGACAACAUCGGCUUCGGCUUCGACGUCAGUCGGGAGUUCGUCGAUACGGGCGAGAGAGGGAAGAGCCUGAGGGAGAAGAUGAAUUUGCACAAUAACGAAGCUGGAAGAUGGCACGUCCAGUCUCAAAUGAGACAGGAAUGCAAAUGCCACGGCAUGUCCGGCUCCUGCACCGUCAGGACCUGCUGGAUGCGCCUGCCACCCUUCAGAGUGAUCGGCGACUACCUGAAAGACCGCUUCGACGGCGCCUCCCACAUCACCGCAGCCAACGGCGGCCACAGCAGGAACAACAAGGCGCACACCAACAGAGUGCCCAAGCACCCCAAGAUGAACUCCAUCAUGUCCAACAGCAUCCACGCCAAGCGCGAGAACCGGCGCAGGCAGCACAAGUACGGGUUCCAGCUGAAGCCGUUCAAUCCCGAGCACAAGCCGCCUGGACUCAAAGACCUGGUCUACUACGAGAUGUCGCCCGGGUUCUGCGAGAGGAACCCGAAGCUGGGUAUCCAAGGCACUCACGGGAGGCUCUGCAACGAUACCUCCAUGGGGGUGGAGGGCUGCGACAUCAUGUGCUGCGGCAGGGGGUAUCGCACUCAGGAGAUUGUCGUUGUCGAGAGGUGUAACUGUACUUUUCAUUGGUGCUGUGAGGUUAAGUGCGACGUUUGUAGAACGAAAAAAACGAUUCAUACUUGUGUCUGAGCACGAUUUGCUUGAACCAGAAUGGAGGAGUUAUUUGCUGUCUCAACGUACAUUGUGAGGUAUGUACUCACUUUUUUGGAUCAUGAGUUGGAGAUUUUUAUUUCCUUCUUCAAAUCAGAUAAACUGUUGAGGCUGAUCAUUUGGAAU